GAGCACUGAGGCGCUUCCUCUCCUGGGCCAGCAUCUGAGUGAUAAGAACACAGAAGCUAGUUCUGCCUGUGGCUGGCAACAUGAAGGACGAAGUGGCUCUUCUGGCUACCGUCACCCUCGCGGGAGUUCUGUUGCAAGCCUACUUCUCCCUACAGGUGAUCUCUGCGCGAAGGGCUUUCCACGUGUCGCCGCCGCUCACCUCUGGCCCUCCCGAGUUCGAGCGCGUCUUCCGAGCCCAGGUAAACUGCAGCGAGUACUUUCCGCUGUUCCUCGCCACACUCUGGGUCGCCGGCAUCUUCUUCCACGAAGGCGCCGCAGCCCUGUGCGGACUGUUCUACCUGUUCGCGCGCCUCCGCUAUUUCCAGGGAUACGCGCGCUCGGCGCAGCUCAGGCUGACACCCCUCUACGCGAGCGCGCGCGCACUCUGGCUGCUGGUGGCGAUGGCUGCACUGGGCUUGCUAGUCCACUUCCUCCCCGGCACGCUACGGACCGCGCUCUUCAGAUGGCUCCAGGUGUUCCUGCCGAUGGCCUGAGGCGAAGGCCCUCCGAGUCAGCAGGAACUGGAGAUCUUCGAACAAAACGCUGGGGUGCCCGCCUCCGAAUCCCAGUUUUUAAUUAAAAGUUCCCACGACGGUUCCGUCUGCA